CAGUUGAAGGAGAGGUUCUUGGGCUGCAAUUGAAGUGUCCCGAUAAAAACGCAUAUAAAUCACAGCUCGACUGAUAGGCAUCAAUUUCUUUAUUUUUGAUUUCCCGCCUUUUUUCUUUCUUGCCUCUCGAGAUUUUUUUUUCUUCGCACCGGUUGCGUUCUUUCGUCAAAAAGCAUACAGAAAACCUUUAUCCGCUGGGUUUCGUUCUUCCUGUCGUUAGGCUUUUUUCGAAUCGUUUUCUAUCUCGAUCAACCCUAUCUCGAUCAACUUGACGUAUCUUGACGUGCAUUCGUCGCAUUGCCACGGCAUUUUCGACACCGAUAACGCAUUUUAUUGAACUUGACAUGGCAGUUGGCUUUCAAUCCGAUAGUUCAUCUACUCCCGCUGGUAUCACAAGGGGCGUUUGGUCGAGUGAGAUGGAAGUUGGCAAGGGUAGCGAGGUGAUUGCAAACCAAGAAGGAUACAGGAUUUGUCCCUAUAAGAGUUCAAAACAAGAUAUCACCCCAUCGAGUCGUCGCCGGAAACGUUUACUUUUGUCGACUGAGAGCGCCUUUGCCGACAAUGUACUCCCAUCGCUUGUCCAGAAUCCCGAAAUCGAACUGCGUUUGAUUACGGACGAACCAUCGGCCCUCCUUGCGGAUACGAACAAGGUCCCUCAUUAUAUGGAUACUGUGGAUAGCCAGACAUUUGAGAAAAAGACGGGUGCACGAAAAUGGCUAAAGGCUAAGGCGGCGGAGCUUUGCGAAUGGGCUGAUAUGCUCUUAGUCGCCCCCAUGGAUGCUGGAACAUUGGGAUCGAUGCUUUACGGUCUUACCAACACUUUAACGCUGGCGCUUCUUCGUGGUUGGAUGUCGACAAAGCCUGUGAUUCUUAUCCCGGGCAUGACUGUUCCGGAAUGGGAUCAUCCGUUGAGCAGUAAGCAGCUGAAGGAGAUUGACCAAUUUUGGCCAUGGAUCAGUAUUGUCACGCCCUUUUUGUGUAAAUCCACAAGUCCUGAGGAACUGGUUCAGCUGCCUUGGGAUGGCUUGAAGGAGCUUCAUGAGACUAUGGAAAAAACCCUUGGGGUGCCUUUCACAGAACAACUUUCUCUUCCCCGUCAGAUUGACUACACAACCUCGUCGACAGAGAAACAACCUGGGAAUGCCGUCUCGUCGCCACCCCGGCAUUUACAAUAUCGUCCCAAUCAUGACGGACAGGGUGCACCCACCUUACCCCUUGAGCUAUGGUUAAAUGUGUUUGAGGAUCAACUAGGAGAUUGGGAAAUUGCCAAAGCAGUUGGCAUCCCAACUAACCUACCAGUCCCCAAGGAGUGGCAAAAUCACCUUUUGAAGAUGUCUACUCCUGCAUCGCUAGAAUAUACUAUUCUCAGAGGGUCUUUCGCUGCAAUCCAGAGACGUAUCGUCGCUUUGCCACGCUGGAAGCCGAUUUCUGAUCUCGCUUGUCACCUUAUUUUCAAGUUCUCCCGAACCGAUAUACUCUCUUAUCUUACGGAAAACAACCUCGACUUGUUGUGGACGACUUCUCGCCACACGAGUCUUCCAUAUCGGGCGUCAGCAAUCUAUGGCAACCCUGAUAUCUUGACCUGGUGGCGGGAUGUCCCUGCCCUGCCUACCAAGGAAUAUCAUGCUGAUGCUAUAGACGGCGCCUCCCGGGCUGGAUACGUUAACGUACUCGAGUGGUGGCGAACCUCCGGUCUCGAGCUCAAAUACAGUGAGAGGGCACUGGAGUCUGCUAGUGCAGAGGGGCGUGUCAAUGUACUAGAUUGGUGGAAAAAUGCUUCUGCAAAUGCCCCUGCAUCGAACCCUCUCCCCCUCAAAGUCGGCAAAUCCGUGCUCCUCGCCGCGCAGUCUGGCCGGACGGCAUCACUCGGCUGGUGGGAUGCGUCGGGUAUUCCCUAUAGCCAUGGAGAAUCCGUGGCUCGAAUCGCCAGCACGCACGGACAUGUCCACGUCCUCGAAUUCUGGCACCGAUUGAAGGGUUCUAAGAUGAUCUUCGACUGUCAGGUCCUGGUAGGCCCGACGAAGAACGGCCACGAUAACGUUCUCGAGUGGUGGCGACGCAGCGGCCUGCGGGUUGAGUUCAAGACGUGCGAUAUCGAAGAAGCACUGGAAGACGCAGAUCCAGUGUCUGGAGCCGAAGGGCGUGUCCGACGAUGGUGGGCUCGCAAUGGACUCAACCUUGGAGUCGGAACGAGCGAAUGGAUGAAAACCAAGGUUCUCUAAAGCAUCUUUUCUUCUUCCACCAGCUUUUAUUUUGUGAUUAUACGGUUAACAGGAUUUAACAAUACCCCACUUUGUUUAAUAAUGGAGUACA